GUCCCCGUCGUCUCCUCCCGGUUUUCCUGGCAUGACCUUUUCCCUUGGCAACCACUUCCUCCGAGCAUCAACGGCCAUCUUUAAUUUUAACUCAUUCAUGAAAAGUUGUUUCGCUCAUUUACUCACAUCGACCGACACAUUUGAGCUCAAAGCAGCGUCACCGGCGCUUUGUGCAUGUUGUUUCCAGCGACAAGCACAGAGCAGAGCCGAGCGGCACCGCAGCAGGCUAUCCUCGGAGAUUAAGUAAACACCGAGAGCAAUGAGAAAGAAGCAGACUGCCAAACAGAGGAAGACUGAGGAGACUACAGUUGUCCAGGAGUUUGUGGUUGAAAAAAUAAUUCGCCGCAGAAUCUCGAAUGGGAGAGUGGAGUACUUCCUGAAGUGGAAGGGCUUCACUGAUGCAGAAAACACGUGGGAACCCGAGGACAACCUGGACUGUCCUGAACUCAUAGAGGAGUUCUUGAGAAACGCCCACUUCACCGAGGAGAAUGAAGAAGAGCAACCCGAGCAAGGGUUUGUUCCCAAAGAGGAAAUGGCAGAGGAAGAGACAGAAAUUUCCUGCGUGCAGGAGGCUCAGGCUGUGAAGACGGACAACAGCGUCCUUCAGCCCGAUGAUGAGCAGACAAACUCCCCCAGUGACCUCAGUACUUAUCUCGAGCCCGAAUGCAUCAUCGGCUCAACGGACAGAAAGGGAGAGCUCAUGUUCCUAGUCAAAUGGAAAAACUCGGAUGACGUUGCCCUGCUGCCGGCCCGUGAAGCGAGCGCCAGAUGUCCCCAGGUGGUCAUCGACUUCUACGAGCAGAAGCUGACCUGGCACUGUGGAGACGACGAGCAGUAAAAAUGUGUGUGGGUUGUGUGCAGAGGAGAACUAAUAAACAGCUGUGCUCUCAUCUGAAGCUUAACUUUAGCCUCCAUCAAAUGUCCUCCUUCAGCUGGCAUCAGAAGCACUUCGAGCUCUGGCAGGUGUGACAUCCUCGGCGGUGGUGGAUUUUAAGUGCUGUCUGCCCCGUGGUGCUCAAAAAAGGUCACUGUGACUUUGCAGACACUCUGAUGGAGGCUCAAGCUAACCUUUAUGUAGAGCGGCUGAUCUGAGGUCAGACUAACCCGUUGCAGCUUUUUUCCUGUGUCAUCAUGUAGCGGACUCGAUCACUGUGGUUGUGUUUUGUUUUGAAGAUAUUGUUCUAUGAGUAAUUUAGUAUUUAUAGUCCUGUUUAGAUGCCAGUAUCUUACACUGGAAGGGCCCUGCGGUUGUUUAGUGUGUGCUUUACAUCCUGUACGGCAACACGCUACUGCCAGAGCCAGCAAACUACUGUUCAAGUCCAUGCCUUCAGCCUAUGUAGCUUUUGGUUAGAGCUGAAGAUUGUAGCCCUGUUGUUGGAAUGCCUCUUGUUUGAACUUGUAUUGUGUGAGGUUGUGAAGUGUUAAUGGACACAGCUUUUACUGUAUCUCUUUAUGACCCUUGUGGUUGAUGUUAAAUAAUAUAUAUUUUAAAAAAAAUGUUGCCCAUCAAAAAUUCCCUUGUU